AUGUGGAGGAGAAAGCUGCAGAUUAGCAGGACUAGAGCCUCACGCAGGAACAGCACGGCUCUGGCUGAAAAAACAGAAGUACUAAGUGAUGACCUUCUACAGGUGGAGAAACGUCUGGAGCUGGUCAAGCAGGUUUCCCACAGCACACACAAGAAGUUGACCGCCUGUCUGCAGGGCCAGCAGGGCGUGGAUGUGGAAAAGAAGUCUGUCAGGUCACCCUCGAAGAAGCUUCCUCUCACAACACUAGCACAAUGUAUGGUGGAGGGGGCGGCUGUGCUCGGCGACGAGUCUCUACUAGGGAAGAUGCUGAAGCUCUGCGGCGACACGCAGGACAAACUCGCUCAGGAGCUCAUUUUGUUCGAGCUCACCAUCGAGAGAGACGUCAUCGAGCCUCUCUACGACCUUGCAGAGGUGGAAAUCCCAAAUAUCCAGAAACAAAGGAAACAUUUAGCAAAACUGGUCCUGGACAUGGACUCUGCACGCACACGGUUUUAUCAAUCCACCAAGUCUUCAGGACUGUCCAGCAACCUGCAGCCAGGAGGAGCCAAGGCCGACCACCUCAGGGAAGAGAUGGAGGAGGCAGCCAACCGCAUGGAGAUCUGUCGAGAUCAGUUAUCAGCAGACAUGUACAGUUUUGUGGCCAAAGAAAUUGACUAUGCAAGCUACUUCCAGACACUGAUAGAAGUCCAGGCGGAGUACCACAGGAAGUCAUUAGAGCUGCUUCAAAGUGUUCUGCCUCAGAUCAAAGCUCAUCAGGAGACCUGGGUGGAGAAGCCGUGCUACGGGAAACCAUUAGAGGAGCACUUAGCGCUCAGCGGGAGAGAUAUUGCCUUUCCCAUCGAGGCCUGUGUCACCAUGCUGCUGGAAUGUGGCAUGCAGGAGGAGGGUUUGUUCAGAGUUGCUCCUUCGGCCUCCAAACUGAAGAAGUUGAAGGCGUCUUUGGACUGUGGGGUGCUAGAUGUUCAGGAGUACUCGGCAGACCCACAUGCCAUCGCAGGAGCUUUGAAGUCCUACCUGCGGGAGCUCCCUGAGCCUUUAAUGACAUACGAACUCUACAACGACUGGAUCCAGGCCUCCAACAUUCAAGAUCAAGACAAGAGACUGCAGGCUCUCCUCAACGCCUGUGAGAAACUACCCCCAGCCAACAACAGCAACUUUAAGUAUUUGAUCAAAUUCCUCUCCAAACUGACUGAGGACCAGGAUGUGAACAAAAUGACGCCUGGAAACAUUGCUAUUGUCCUUGGACCGAACCUGCUGUGGAUGCACAACGAAGGUAACAUCACAGAGAUGAUGACCACCGUUUCCCUGCAGAUCGUCGGCAUCAUCGAGCCAAUCAUCCAGCACGCAGACUGGUUCUUCCCCGGAGAAAUCGAGUUCAACGUCACAGGUAACUACGGGAGCCCCGUCCACACCAACCACAAUGCCAACUACAGCUCGAUGCCGUCUCCGGACAUGGAUCAAUCGAUCGAUCGUAGGCAGAACGACCAGAGUCGACGGCCGCUCAGCGUCGCCACAGACAACAUGAUGCUGGAGUUCUAUAAGAAGGACGGAAGCAUUAGGAAGAUACAAAGCAUGGGUGUCAGGGUGAUGGACACUACUUGGGUGUCGCGCAGGGGCUCGUCUUCUACGCGUAAAUGCUCGUCCACGCCACCGAGCGUGCACCCCCCUGCCCUGUCCACCGACGCUCUCCUCCCCGAGCAGCCUGGGGAAUUUGCUGCCUCCCCCUCCCCCACCCCUCCUCCCACUAGCAGCGACCGAGCCAGCUCGGAUGAUGCAUCCUCCAAUUGGUCGGACUCCUGUUACAACUACCCCUCCCCUGAGGAGGAGAGGCUGCCUCCCCCUUACCCCUCUUCCUCAUCUUCCUCCUCCUCCUCUUGCUCUUCCUACUCGCUCCCUCACCACCAUUUCUACACCCGAGCACCUCCGGGUAUGCGUCCCGUCGCUCCCAGUCCCGAAUCCGUGCCUCCCGGCCCGUCCCCUCCCCUCCGCCUCUCUGGCUACAGCCCACCCCCUCUCCCACACUCCCUUUGCCCGUCUCCUCAGCAGCUUGACGUCAACUCCAACCCCAAACCCAAUUCCUUGCACCUGCCCAAACAGGCCUCCCUGUCUGACGCUUCGCAUGCGGCCCUGCCCGAAACGAAUGGCUCCACCCUUUACAUCAAACCCCCGCUCGUUCUUACUCGUCAUGAAUUGUUCCUGGGCUCCCCCAAACCCCCCAACACCCCCCUAUCUGCUCCCCCUCCAUGGGCAGCCUGUGCCUGUAGCCGGGAGAGAGCCAAGCUGACUAGUACUUUAAAGAACAAGGAGCUGUCUCCAGUGAUAGGACAGAAGGGAAUCCAGGGAACAAUGACCUCUAGUGGACAGUCUCAGCACUCUGAGCACAGCCCACACAGCCUGAGGAGAGCAAAGAAGCUGGCACCGAUCCCACCUAAAGGCCCUUACUGCCAGACAGGAGCCAUGUCUGACCAGUCGACAGGUCAGCCAUCUCCAGUCAGCCUGUCGCCCACUCCUCCCAGCACCCCCUCCCCGUACGGCUUCAGCUAUCCGCAGGGAUACAGCACCAUCGGCUCCCCGGGGCAGAUCCAGAUGGCCACCACCCCGUCUCUCUCCUCUCCACCCUCGCUGGCUGGGACGCUCACUAAGGCCAGGCCGACCCCCAAGCCGCCCCGUCAGAGGCCCAACUUACCUCCUCCUCAGCCCCCCACCACGCCCGGCAGCAGUCCCCAGCCUCUGGACCAUUCGUCAGGUCUCCUGGACGGUUUGUCUCCUGGUGAAAGCAUGUCCACAGAUUCUCUCUGCAACUUGGACAUCCCCAUCAUUGACAUGGAACUGGACGGUAUUUUUGACUUGCCCCACAUCUCCUCCUUCAGGAACUCAUUGCCGCUGCUCCAGUCGACCAAUAAAAGAGCGGAGUCGGAGGAGGAGUCUGAGAGCACAGUGCUAUGACGCCACUGAGUUCCCCAGACGACUGAUUAAAUGAAACACAACGCUACUGCUGCACAGUCCCGCUCAUAAUAAAACACCCACGCUCAUUCAGUGACCUUUCGCCUCUCCAGAUGGAUUACUUCAGCCUCACUCUGGAUGUCAUCGCCACACCUCACCUGUUCUCGAUCCAGAGUGGUCAACUUGUAAAAAAAACCCAACAAGCUCUUCUAGAAAAUAUCAACAAAUACGGUGACCACACCUAAAAGAAACCUCCACACUCACAACAAUCAUGAGGCGUUAGCGACAAUGCUGUCAGGGGGACUUUUGAAUCAGACACACAAAAACACACACAUUUUAAUGUUGGCUGUAAACAUGUUUUUCUUUUUUAUUCAAUGUUUUGUUUUGCCUUAUUUGAGUCACUUCCAAUAUUGCCUUUAACUUCACACACAAGACUGGAAACAGGCUGCUGGGAGGAAUGAAUGCUCUCUGCUGCUGCUGCUUCUCAUGAGUGAUUUUUUGAAGGACGACACAGUACUGUACAUCUGUCCUGCCAACACUUUCUUCCUCUUUCUCUCACCAUUUUAUCUCCCAUCUCAAGUUCCUCCUUCAUUCCUCAGGGGUGUCAGUUGAAAUGCCUCGCUCUGGCAUGUGGUGGCAACGACAAAUGUCCCACCUGAGCGUUCACUGUGAGUGUGCCAGUAUGUCGUUUUGGGAAGUGUGUGCGUGUUUGUAUGUGUUUGGUAAUCGUACUAUAUGAUGUUGCACUGUUGUUGGUGUCGUGGAGCAUAAACAGGAAUGCAUGUUUUAGACAUUUAGGAAAAUAACUACCUGGUUUUCAAAGAGGUUAAAUGCCCAAUCACACUUUUCUCUGUAUUUACAUCACAUUCGAUCAGGAUCAAUCACUGAAUAUUUAUUGUUUAUACUGUACAUUUUCAGAGUAUAUGAUACAAUUACCAUUAUAAAUCAUAUUUUCUAUCUACAGAAGAGCUAUAAAGUUACCAUUUCCUCCAGAUAGAUUAUAAUUGAUGUUGUCAGGGAGCUACUAAAUAAAUGAGAUGCAUACUGUAGUUUAUGAAAAGUUUAAAAUUAAAUUGUUGAAAUGGCUUUUGCAAAAGCAACAAGUCUAGUAAGCUGGGGAAUGAAAAUAUUUUACACACAAUUAUUUUGGCAGCAAGCAAAGCCCAGUGGGAUUUACAAUAUGGGGGUUUGGUACUAUGGUGCCUGGAGUGUGCCACGACAUUGUUUACUUAAAUUAAUAAUUAAAUAGUCCAACUCACAGAGCAGCAGCAGGAGAUCUGUUAACAGCAGCUGUUAUGUUUUGGCAGGUGUGUCACCUGUCAUUUAAGGGAGGCCUGUGGAGUUUUAACAAACAAAAGUAAUGUUUACAUUCAGUGUUUCUCACCAAAACACAUUGUGUGAAUCCUUGAGCUCUAACAAACAUGUUAAAUGCUUUUAUUUCCUUUUGCUAAGCCAAUUUUAUUUGAUUUGUGCAUUGUUUACAUCCACGUUUGCUGGCUUGCAGUUUUCUACUUCUCUGCUUCUGUGGGCUCACUUAUUUGCUUCCUUGUGCAUUACUGCCACCAACUGUGGAUCAGCAGAAUAGCAUAAAAUCGGUGGCAGGAUUGCAUGACUUGUGUUCAUCCUCACGCAAACAAAACGGGGGCCUUUAAUAAAAACAUUACUCAGUAGCGCUACUAGUGGUCAACACUUCCACAGGGUACCUUUUAAUGUCUGGGUGUUAUUGUGCUCACAUGACAAUUAAAGAGUGCCAUCCUUAAACUGAGCAAUCAAAACAGGAAAAUUACAAAUGUCAAAGAAAGAAGGCAAAGUUAAUGGUAAAUGGUAAGUAAAAUUAAAAAUUCCUUUUUAGGAUUAGUUUUGUGAUUCCAUUUUAAAAUUUUAUUAUAAAUUCCACACACAAAUCCAGGAAAUAAAAUGAUUCACUGAUCUUUUAAAGUUGAUAUGGCAGACAGUUGCCUUUUUACACGUCCAUUAUCGUUUAUAUUUAGAAUCGUGUUCGUGUCCACCUGAUAAAUCUAAGUUGAUUUUAGUUUUCUUUUACCUCUGCUUUUGGUCUCCACCGACUCCUGAGGGAAAUUUCUGCCUCUUCAGCAGCUAAAUGCUCCACUGUGUUUACCAGCUAGUUUCUAACUGUGGUUGUUUGCUGCUCAGCAGGUCGUGUACAGCUGUUUUUCAGAGCUAUUUCUCUGAAAACAGCUGCUUUAAGUUUUAUAAUGUAUAAUUUAAUAACAAUUCAUAUUUAUCAAUUUAUUAAAUGAUAAUAUUUAAACAGAUAAAACUAAAACUCCAUAAUUACUCUGAUGGCACACUUCAGGCUCCUGUUAUACUUAUAUCUUGAGAAUCAUACCUGUCAAGGCCGUGUAGGGAGAGAGCGUAGGCACGAGAUUUUGUACACCUGCCCUGAGGUAUUUAUAACAUCCGAUCAUAUCACAUAACAAAGAACUGAAAACAGUCACACUCCCAGAAAAAAAGGUGCUAUUGUUGUAAAAAAAAUUUAAAACGCUGCAGCCCCAGUGGCAAAACAAGCACUCUUUUCUUCUGCCAGUGCAGUUUCGGUGUCAGCCACCUUCCCAUUGCAGUUUAAAGGAACUCUGUCUGAUGAUGCUGAUAUUUUUGGGUCUAUAUUAGUGAACCAGAGGCAAGUGCAAAGAAAUGUGUAUAUGUGUUUAUAUUGAUGAGAGUAUUUAUACAGAUAUAUUUCUGAAUACUUUUUAACAGGUCUGAAGAGUUGUGAUUGUUUCCACUACACAUGACUUUCAUCCGAGGAUUAAAAUAAAGCAUUCAAACACGGGACCAGAAUUUCCCUGCUGUCGCAUCAAAACCUUUUCAGGAAUCUAAGAGGUUAAGUUUAAGAGAAAACUUGAAAAUCAAUAAAACUGGAGUAACAAGGUUUGCAUACGACAGCAGCAGGUUGUUAUUUGCCUUGUGAUGGGUUUUGCUGUGACCUAUCCAGAUUUGUAAGACUUUCCGUUUGUCGUGAGAGCGUCCACUAUACAUGGCCUCAAAGUCA